UUCCUCGAGAGGGACGACGCUGAAUGUGGGUCACAGGGUGAAGGGGAGGAAAUCACAUGGAAAUGGUCAAAUAUUUCAUCACCGCUCGGGUAUUUGACCAUUAGAUGGAUAGCAAAAGCAAGUCAGAAUAAAGAAUGACCCAGGAAUUGAAGCUGCAUAGUCCGGCUGGGGCUGAGCCAGCGGUCUAUCAGUGGCCCAUCCCUGGAUCGGACGGACGAGACGGAGCACAUGAGAUUAUUGAUACGAUAAGAUGGGUGUGCGAGGACUUUCCAGAGCUGAAGCAGUCGAUGGAUCCCAAAUUGAUUCAGGGGACCGACUCCAAGAGCUACGAAAGUUUGAAGCGUUUGUGCGACAUAUACAACAACAACCUAGACGAUGCGCUUCAGCUGUGGAAAGGAACAGCCCACACAUACCAGUUAAACAAGCGUCCCUCCACCACCUUGCUGAAACACAUUCUCCAGCAGUGCUACAACCAUGCUGUCACAGACCCCGAGAAGCUCAACCAGUAUGAACCAUUCUCACCUGAGGUCUAUGGUGAAACAUCCUUUGAACUUGUGGACCAAAUGAUUCGUUCCAUCAAUUUCACAGAAGAGGACAGCUUCAUAGACCUUGGCAGUGGUGUGGGACAAGUGGUGCUGCAGGUGGCGUCAGCUACCCCCUGCAAGAUGUGUUAUGGCAUGGAGAAGGCGGAGUGGCCAGCCUUUUAUCAAGGGGCUAUGGAUAGAGAGUUCCGGAAGUGGACAAGAUGGUAUGGGAAGAAAUACAGUGACUAUAAGUUGGAAAAGGGAGAUUUUCUAUGUGAGGAGAUGAAAGAUAGACUAAAUAAUGCAACUGUGAUAUUUGUUAACAACUUUGCCUUUGGACCUCAGGUAGAUCAUCAGCUGAAACUCAGAUUUUCCAACAUGAAAGAAGGUGCUAAAAUUGUGUCAUCCAAAGCAUUCUGUCCGCUCAACUUCAGAAUCACAGACAGAAAUCUCAGUGAUAUAGCCUCAAUUAUGCAUGUUACUGUGCUGUCCCCAUUACGAGGUGCAGUGUCUUGGACAGGCAAACCAGUCACCUACUAUCUACAUACUCUAGAUAGAAGUCUGUUAGAGAAAUAUUUCCUCAGGUUGAAAAAUCCCAAAAUGAAGGAAAAUGCAGAAAUCAGAAAGGAUAGACGUGGAAGACCUAUUACCUUUAAAGAUAAAGUCAAUCUAGUUGAAAAUGAGGAUCAGAAGAACAAAAAGCGACGUCGAGAACAUGAUGAUCAUAACUAUCAAGCUGCUAAGAUCAUCGACUUUGACUCUGCCAGCAACACCAGCAAUGCCACCACCGACGAUAGUAGCCUGUAUGGUCCUACAACACGCCGCCGGGGCUGGGCUGAGUGGGUGGCUGCUAGACCCAAAUCCCCAACAUCCAGUAUUGAACAGGAUAAUGAUGAGCUGAACAUGGAGCUAAGAGAAGAGGUGGAUAAGGAGAAGAGGAAGAAGCAGGUGAAGCACCUGAAGAAUGGAGUUCUGCAGAAGAAGAAGAGACGAGACAGGAAAGCUCGAAGGAAAAUAGUUAGCCCCACAACUAAAGCAUCUAAACUUCGCAACAAAAAUAAAGCUUUGGCUCUGGAUGGACUCAGCCUCUUGCAUACACACACUCUACUGUCAACAUCGGGAAAAGGUACGGACGAUGUGACCUACAAUGACCGCAGCAUGACAGAUCAUUCCAGCUCUGUGUUCAAGCUUACUACACAGAACCAGACGGUUUCAUCUCUAGAAACACCACCUGCUCUGCAGCAGUUACUAGAAAUCUUCCGCCAGCAAUAUAUGGCAUACUUGGCGUAUAUGCAGAGUCCCCAGUAUAAGCAGCAUGUUCAGAUGGAGAUUGACAAAGAAAAUUUACGGAAGCAGGAUCUGCAGAACAAGAUGUUCCAGCUUGAGAAGCAAAUUACCAACCUGCAGAAGGACAGUGUGGGUGUGCUCAAGGCCAGGCUGAAUGAGCUGGGAAUUGAUGCAAGCAACCCUGACGACUUCCUGUCGCAGGCGAAGACAAUCGUCCAUGAGCACAAAGAGCUGGAGAAGCAGGCUAGUACAUUGUCCACACAGAUCAGAAACCUCGAGACAGAGCAACAGAAGUUGAUGAAUGCACAGACACUAGCCGAAAAGAAUGGUAUUGGUCAUGACAAUACAAGAAAGAAUGGUUUCCUCCAACCUGUGUACACGCAGGACUAUUUGUGGAAGGAAGUUACAGCAUUCUAUUCCCGCAAGAGACAGCUGGUCAGUCAAGUGAUGAAGUUGGAGGAAGAGGUGAAGAAGUUGGAGGCGAUGAAUGCCUUUGCUGACAACAAGUCCUUCCUCCCAGAUACUCCAGCACCAACACCUAAAGCUCUGUCUCCGAAACACUGCAGCAAGAGGAAGUCUUCAGCUUCCAGCAGCCCUGCACAAGUGACCUGCAAGACUGAGGCCCAGCCUCACGAGCUUGUCAGUGGGGAUGUCAACAGCAUGAUUUCCAAACUGAAGAAUGAUGUGACGUCUGCCCUUAUUGGAAAUCUCGGAAGAAAUGGAAUCGUUGGAGAUGUGAGAAGUGGUGAUGAAAGUUGUGAACGUUCAUUUAAGCACCCAGAUUUGUCUAUUAAAGGGUUGCUGGAGUGUACCAAACCUGUUAAGAUGGAUGGGAAAGGGGAUGCUGGAAUAGUCAGUUCAAAUGUUGAACAUUCAUACGCCUCAUCAGAUGUGGUCAAGAGUUUGAAACUUAGUAAGCCCACAUUGUUAAAUGGUGUCCGGGCACCCAAUGUGAUAACUGUGUCAUCAGUACAUGUACCAAACAAACCAUUAGUAAAUUCGCCUACAUCUCCUGCCACUACUGUAAAGAACAUUCCCAAUAGCAAACAAACUGAUCUCAAAACCAUGACGGACGAAAACAAACUUCGUUUGUCUUUAGCAAAUGACUUGAUUAACUUCCGUGAAAGUUUUGACGGACGAGCAAAUGGAGCCAAUACGAACAAGCUGUCAGAAGUGACUUACUCCCCAAUAAGCCGGCCUAGCAGUCGUAGUAGCACAGAAUCCACUCCUUCUGGAAUGGAAGUGACUGCUAGCCCAGAUAUUCUGUUGCCUGGAGGGACAGCGCCUAGAGUCAUGAAAACCACAGUGGCUGCACAACCUCUGAAAAUGGCUCCAUCUCAGACCAUGACCACAUCUGUGCGCUCCCACAGUGUCACGACUCAAUCGGCGUAUCAUUCCGCGGGAGCUACUGUCAGUAUCUUGUCUCCAGGGACAUACCUCUCCUCAUUGCCAAAUCAAAAACAUGUUAACAAGAUCUCAAAGGCUGUGACUACACCUGUGAAGACAUCGAAGCAAGUGACUGCGGUGUCCAACCCACAACACCCCAUCCAACAAUUACCUCCCAAACCCAAAGAUUCUCCCAGAGUGAUCCCUCAUGUUGCACAAGCAGUGCGCCCAGCACCUCUGCCUGUACAGACUCAGAUGGUUCAAGAUAGACCAGGAAUGUUGCAGAACGUCCAGGCAGCAACAGUUCAAGGGAGUCCAAUACAAACUAACAGUUCCGCUACAUGUGCCAAUAUACAUGUUGUUAACAACAAUAGCUUCAGUGGAGGAGGUGUGAUGAUGAUGAAUACUCCACCACCAACUUCCAGUGUAAACAUUGGGCCUCCCUCAGGAUUAACUGGUUCACCAUUCAACAACUACUCAUUCCCUCCCCGUAAAGACGUUGUGCCCCCAGCCCCACCCACUCUGCCAUCUGGUCCCAAACCGUCUGACCCUGUUCCACUCCCUGGUAUGCAGCUACAACAUCUACCGCAAGGGUUCCAGAACAGCAGUUAUAAUGAAAUGCCCCAAAUGCCCAAUUUGAAUCAGCCCCCUCCAAACAGAUCGUCAUUCAACAAUAAUGUCAACCCUGGAACACCUAUUAACCAGCCUCGACAAACAGCACCAUUUCCAACAUUACCUGAUUUGAGUCGUCCACCACCCAACGCAAUGUUCCAAAGGUCUCUUCUUUGUAAUAACAAUUCACCCAUCUCCAAUUCCAUGCCUGUGGGACCACAUCAGAAUACUAAUGCCCCUCCUCCACGUCCACCAAUGCCUAGUUCUGGAAUCGGUGUUUCACAGAGACCAAAUUCGGUGGGUCCAGCGUUUAAUGUCAAUUCACGUCCAUGCGUACAAGGUCCUUCCAUGAACUCUCCCUUACGUCACCAAGGGGACAUGUCACGUUCCCAAUUCCCUGACAUGCAGCGGUCAAUGCCACCUGGGUGUGGAAACCCACAAGAGUUUGUACCCCCACAGCUGAACUACCCACCUCCUCCAUUAUCCGCCCCUCCCCAGAGAAUGAACCAAGCUCCCUCACUACCCAACCCAACCAAUCCAGGAUCACGUAUGCCCCCUUCUAUGUCCACCCAACCCAAUGGGGCCGCCCGUAUCCCUGCUUACACAUCCAACAACAUACCUAUAGGCCCUCGUAGUGACUUCUCGGCCAGCAGGAUGUCCUUCCCUCCAAUGAAUGCACCACCGUUAAACUUUUCCAUGAACCAGAGUGGACUACGGCCACAGUAUGGCCAACAGAUGCCACCACUGAGUAACUCUGGUUGGCAACAGUAUCCGAUGGGAGGCAGGUGAUACAGUGCCGUAUCGUCGAGACUUUGCUGAUCCACCUGCUGCUUCUCAAGUCUAGGCUGUGCUCGUGUAUAUGUGCAUUUUCAUCCAACCUGCUCGUGGGUGGGCAUCAUAUUGUAACAUAUUGAAGAGAACUCUUAAUUUAUGGACUGCGUGUCACAUGACUAUAAUCUGUUGUUGUUAUCAGAAGAGUUUCUGUGAAUGUGAUGUGUGUCAUUGUUUGUUGAGAACGGUAACGACAAAAAAUCCCAUUUUCCCCUCAGGUGUUACAUGGAUCUUCUUACUUCCGGAGAACAAGCAGCAGUAGCAGAAAUACUACUCAACAAGAACACAAACAAUACAAAUGGCUCAUUGUGCCAUCAAACCAAGCACAAUGUUGUAUAAUAGAUUGUUAUACUUGCAUCCUUUAUUCAGAUCCUUGACUGAUGAAUGGCAAAGUUUGGAAAUGACUGUUAACUCUUAUAUUUUCAAAAUCACGUGGGCACUAAACAAUUAUUGCAUUAAUGAACUGUGAUCAGAUAUAGGGCCAUUACAGGAGUUGACAAUGUGUGAAGAUCAUUGUUACAAAUUGCUCAGAAUGAAUUCACAGCUUUAUGACAACUUAAGCCUCAAGGCAUUGUCCCAACAGCUUGUGUGAAUGAGAUAGGUUUUGAUGGAACAACAGCAGUAACAGUUAAAUACUGAGAAUCGAGUACCGGUAAUACUGCACAAUUCCAGGGAUCACCAAAGGCAGCAACUAUUUGGUUACUAUAUUGCAGACAUCAACCCUUGGCAGCUAGCAGGGGGGAACUUGAUUACACAGACUUUGGUCAUGUUCGUCUGUGAUGAAGCGUGUUGUUACCAUCACCAUUACUGUUGUCAAGUGUUCACAAGAAACUUUGAAGCUUUGAGAGGUGUGGGUUUUUUUCAAAUGCUGUGUAUAGGGACUUCCACCUCUGACAAUAUGUCUGGCCUUCUGUAUGAUCUGUCCUCACAUGUCUGACCUUUAAGAGGUGAUGAUGAAAUUACAUUUUUCACUUUUUAUGUAGCUCUUUCAUAAGGCUACUGCACAUCACAAUGUAUAUGAUUGUAUGAUACUAGGUCAAAAUAUUAAAUUGAUUCUAAAAAUUGUCUCACUUUGAAGGAAAUUAUGUAUGACUUGCUGACAAAAUCUCAGGUGGUUGAAAAGUUUUUUUGAGAACACUUGUACUUUGAUGCCCAAGCUAUAUGGAUGUUUGUCCCUACCUUUGCAGAAAUGCUGUUUGAAUGCAUACACUUCUUCGAGUAUCUGAAACUAAUUCAGAUGUAAGAUCGGAACCAUGUCUGGCCCAAUACAGUACAUUCCUGAUCCCCCAAAAGUAAUGUUUGCUGUUGAUUCAUAUAUACGCAGACAGUUUGGGUAAUGUUUAUCAUAUCUUGAGGUUUUCGCCAAUUCUUCUCACUGUUCUUAAUUUACAACUGAAAGCAUGUGCUCAGUUUUACAGUGUAUUUGUGGUGCUAUGGUACCACAGUUAAUUCAUAUAAAUGCUUAUAGUUCUCACAUUUUUUUGUCAUUUAUUAAAUCUUUGAAAACAGAAGUAUAGGAGUGUAGUUUUAUUGGGUCAGACAUGUUUAUUUCCUCUUUAAAUCAUGAUUUAUAAUUUAUAUAACAUUUUUACACUUCUCAUUGCCUCCAUAAAUUGUCCUUAACAAAAUCUGAUUAAGCAAACACAUUACCCUUGCAAUAAGCUUGUAUGGUGUAUAUUGUUAGGGUAUUGUGAAGAGCUUUGUAAACGAUCUUCCUAUUCACUGACCAAUAUGAUUGGCAGCAAUAUCAAGAUGCAAGAGUACCUUCAACCAACUUUCGUUGUGUCUAAGUGUAUUAAGAUAAUACAAUAUGUACAUUAUGAAUGUUAGUUUUAUUAUUUAAAACCUCGGGUUCUAUUGUACACGUAUUGAAAAUGUCUGCUAUUGUGUAUUAAAACCUACAGCCCUCUGAGAGUUGACAGGGCAUGGGGUAUAUAAUAUGUGUGGUGGUUGGUGAACAUGAUUUGGGCUUAUUUGUAUUUGAAAAGUUUUAUGCGCACAACUCAAAAUAAAUUAAAAGAGCACAUCAAUCAGAAGGCUGUGUUUUGCAAUACUGAACAGCCAUGACUACUUAGCUAUGGUGAAGCUAAAUUUGCUGUUCUAUGACUUCUUUUGAGUGAUCCAUAAUCAUGAGAAAGAGGGCCUAAAAUACAAGUAAUUUUGUUUUAAGAAUGGUAAAAGGGAAAUUAAGUUUCCUACAUCAAGACACUCAGAUAUAAAUGUUUGCUGCUUGAUAUGUGAUCAUUGCUAGAGGAAACAGUUAAAAUCAAUACCAUAGAUUUUGAGUAAAAUGGGUAUAGUUGUGAAAGUGUAGGUGAUGAUUUUCCUACUUGUACGAUGGAACCUCCGGGAGUAUGUUACUAUGUUAUGUGAAGCGUGCUAACAAUACUCGAUUGUUGUAUCUACCUCCAUGUUUUAUUCCCAAUCCUGCAUGUACCAUGUCUGUACAUAUUGAUAAUAAUUUAAUCAAUUUGUUUUAUUCCCAAAAGUAUUUGAAAGUGUGUACACUCAAUACAACAUGUCCCAAGAAAUGAAACAGUGGUAAACAAUGAAAUUUUAGAACUGAACACCAGUAGAUGAAAUUUUGUGGAAACAAGAAUGGCUACAGGAGACAUCUUUUUACAAUGCUCAGAUGGUGGGUGUUAGGGGCGUGAAGACAAUGAAUGCUGGGACUUGUCCAUCUUUUCCACAUUCCGUAUCACGAUAAAAUAUUUCAGGAUUUGAUUUCCCUACAUAGUUCAAAUGGUUUAUCUUUUCACUGAUUUGGGCCUAGAUAAAAAGUGUUUUGUAUCUCAUAUCUGCAUAUUUCAUUAACCUUUUUAGAUGUCAGAUUUUUCUUUUGAUAUGUGGGUAGAGGGUAGGUAGCUCAAACUUUAAUGCAAAUAGCCAUGUAAAAGUGAGCUUACUUUGUGGGUCCUGCUAAUCAGAAAUAUACAAGACGAGGCCUCAUCAUGCUGUUGUGCUCCAAUGAGUAAUUGUAGCUGUGAAUAGCUGCAAUACUGCUAAUGCUGAUUAAAGCAAUACUUUUUUCAAAUAUUUGGAAAUAGUCUUUUAGGAUGUGGAUAAGGUAAAAUCGGGACUUAGAUUGGAAUUGUGCCAGUGCUAAGUAGUAUUUAUAGGUUCAUUCAACAGGUAAACAUUUUGAGUCAUUUUGAUUUGCACACUGUUUUUGCAAUAAGCCACUAUGACCUGAUCUGUGUGAGAUCCAGCAUAUUUUCGACUGGGGUAUACCAUCACCUACCUCAACAACAUCUUGAAGUCGACCAUAUGGCGACUGUUUUCUAACCAAUAAGCUUAUCCUGCACAAUCACAAUUUACAGAUGUUGUUACGGUUUAGUUAAGUCAUGAAUGAUUGUGAUGAAUCUAAGGUUAUUGGCAUAUUCAGAUUUCAAAUUUACCAUGAACCAAACUACGCGCAUCCUGAUUUUGGAAGUCUGAAUGUGCAUUGGUAUAGGUCAUCCUGAUGUAACCAGAAGACUGUUUUACACCGAUCUCCAUCUAUGCAUUGUUUACAUAUCCCACAAUCCCCUGCUGCUGUGCUGCAGGGUGAAGGUCAUUUGUUACCACUAUAUGUUGAUGAACCAUUCCAGGCUCAACCACUGCCAUGUGUAAACAGAGAUGGAGUCAUAGAAACUGAUAUUUGUCGACUUUUAUUAUUGUUAUUCCGUUUUCUUUUUUAUUUCUAUGGAAUAUUUUAUUAUGAAGCAUCAUCUAUCUGAAGAUCAUUUGUACAUUCAGGGAAUAAGGUUAGUAAGACUGUCGCUACGGUAACUAUCUUCUGAAGCCAGCAUACUUUGAAACUGAUAUGUUUUCCAUUCAUUUAUUCAAAUAUAUGUAGCUCAUUGGUAGUCUUGUUAUAUAGAAAUUAUUGCACCGAUUCUGUAGUGUAUGUUACUCCUGGAGACAGUUACUCAUAUGAGGCGAUGUUACUGAAUCGAUGUUAAUAUUGUAUUUGAUUAGAACUUUCUAUACAAGUAUUGAUAAGGUAUUGGUUAUCAUCUCAAAAUGAGCUCCUCCCACUAUAGGCUUAGCAUGUUGUGCUACUCUCCAAUAUAAACAGAUAAGUCAUUCUAACCGUGUGAGUAUGAAAGGAAAUAGGAUGUUGAAUAUGUUUUCCUUAGCAGUUCAUUUGUUGUGGAGUGGUUGAUUCAUGUGUGCAAUAUUUUAUUAUUGUCUAUAACCUGUUAUACACCCACCCAAGGAUCAUCAUCCCAGGUGACAUGUUUCCACACAUCCUACAUGUUCCAGUCUUGGGGAAGUUCCCUAAAUGUCAUUUUCCAUAGGGUCCCGAGUUAAUCUUGAGAACAAUUUUUGUUAUUUUCUUUGUGAACAUAGUGAUUAACCGUGUGUUUGAUAAACCAUCAUGUUCUAUGUUUUAACACUUCAGAUAUUAGCAUUAUUUCAUCAUGCCUAUAUUCUCCCAUCUUGUAAUAACACCAUGGCCUCCUUUCACAAAGCACUAAGGUGAUCGUAAGUCACUAAGGUAACCUUAGUGCAAUGUUAAAGAAUGGGAGUUAAGGUUAACCUCAGUAAAGAUUGCUUCGUGAAAGGAGACCCAUGUCAUAUUCAGAUCAUUAGUGUGAUAGCUCACAAUCCAAGGAUACAUGUUACAGUGUUUGUCGCCAUUCUGUUCAGAACACUCAGUUCAGAUCUAUUCAUCUGAAGGCCAAGUUUGUAGUUUAGUUUAUUCAUCUGAAGGCUAAGUUUGAAUGUUCAGAUUGAUGAUUAAAGUUGACAGGCUACUCUUUGAUUAUCUAGUGUAUUAGAUCUCCAUUCUGUUAUGACAUACAUCACGGUAAACUGGGGAUAUGAUACUUGAUACUGGAGGGUGGAGCUUGUCGAGAUGGAUGUUUCUUGGCACUGAUGUGAAUGGUAUUCUUGCUGAAACUGAUUUAUUAUAACCCUUCUGGAAAACUAUAAUUAGGGAACUCCCCUAUGGCUGUCCACCGUACAUUGUCUGUUCAUCAUAUUCACUCAACUUGCAGAGAUGUUAUUUUUCUAGGAAUGCAAUUAUAUCUUUCUAACACGUGCUAAUGCUUUCACAUCUGCACAUUUUGUAUUGUGUAAUGAAAUGUUUGCAUACAUGAAAUCAUGGCCUGUUGUCAAACCGAUGUAAUGGUUAGGCAUUACAUGACUGUGGAAUGUCAUUGUCCUGAAAGAUAGCGCUCAUCCACAGUGACAGCAACGACCACAACAAAUUUAGAUAUUGCUUAUAAUUAAUUUCUCUCUUGAAUUGCUUGAACCAAUUGUUAUUUUAUCCACAUAAUAACUUAAUUUUAUCUCCACUUUUGACCAUCAUUGUCUUGUAACAGUUCCUUCUUAUAUUCUUGACAGAAAGUUUCUCAUAUAUGAAUGUCAUGUUCAUACAUUUCUUCAUUUAUUGCAGUCAUUGUUCACGUCAUCUAAAAUGUGCUGAAAAUGUUGCCAUAUAAGCUUGUAGGUGAUGUGCCUAAUUUAUUGGGAUACUGUACAUUUCGUGUAAACUGUUGGUUGUAUUUUGGUUGUUUAAUAUUUUUGCUAAAGUUUAUGAGUAUACAUGUAUAUAUGAGUAUGUUUCAGUAACCUUCAUGGUAAGCAUCGGUAGCAUAGUUAAAUGUAUAUGUUUUAGUCAAAGUUACAGGCUUCAUAAGGAGAAAGGCUGUUAACACCGCUACUUUGUGGUACAUUGGGAAAUGAAUUAUUUAUAUGAAUUGUCCUACAGAAUCUCUUCUGUAACUUGCAUGUUUGUAAAUUUAAACUUUUAUUUGAAAAAAAAAUCUUGAAAAUUUAAUGUUGUACAGUAAAAGCAUGAGACUAUGGAACAGGAACCCAAAGAUUUGUUAAAGUUUGAGAUUGAUUGAAGACUAGUUUGUUGAUAUCGUAAUGUGUUGGUAUACAAAGAUUUAGUAUUUUGGCUUGAAAAACAGAAUUACAUGUACAUAAUUAUUUCAGUUGUAGUUUUGUGGUUUGUAAAGAUGGAUUGGUGUGUUAAUGCUUGUCAACUCUGAUUAAAACCAUACUGCUA